AUGGUUGUGCCGCAUUUCGCUCUCUUUGAUGUUCAGGUGCGCCAGGUAGCCUUGGAUCAGAGAGUUGGAACAGGAGGGCAGCAGCACCCUACUGCACCAACAGGAGGGCAGCAGCACCCUACUGCACCAACAGGAGGGCAGCAGCACCUUACUGCACCAACAGGAGGGCAGCAGCACCCAACUGCACCAACAGGAGGGCAGCAGCACCCUACUGUACCAACAGGAGGGCAGCAGUACCCUACUGCACCAACAGGAGGGCAGCAGCACCCAACUGCACCAACAGGAGGGCAGCAGCACCCAACUGCACCAACAGGAGGGCAGCAGCACCCAACUGCACCAACAGGAGGGCAGCAGCACCCUACUGCACCAACAGGAGGGCAGCAGUACCAUACUGCACCAACAGGAGGGCAGCAGUACCAUACUGCACCAACAGGAGGGCAGCAGCACCCAACUGCACCAACAGGAGGGCAGCAGCACCCAACUGCACCAACAGGAGGGCAACAGCACCCUACUGCACCAACAGGAGGGCAGCAGCACCCAACUGCACCAACAGGAGGGCAACAGCACCCUACUGCACCAACAGGAGGGCAGCAGCACCCAACUGCACCAACAGGAGGGCAGCAGCACCCAACUGCACCAACAGGAGGGCAACAGCACCCUACUGCACCAACAGGAGGGCAGCAGCACCCAACUGCACCAACAGGAGGGCAACAGCACCCUACUGCACCAACAGGAGGGCAGCAGUACCAUACUGCACCAACAGGAGGGCAGCAGCACCCUACUGCACCAACAGGAGUGCAGCAGCACCCAACUGCACCAACAGGAGGGCAGCAGUACCAUACUGCACCAACAGUACGGAAGCAGUACCUCUCUGCACCAACAGUACGGAAGUAG